CGAUCAGAGGGAGAUGUUACACCAGGAAUAGUCACUGUCUUCCUUCAGACCGUAUUGUUGACAAUGAAGUAUGGAAAAGAUGGCCUUAUUGUCUAUUUCACUCGUUUUAGCUUGUCUGCAUGUCCAGAGUGUGUGGAGUAAUAUUGGUUUCUCAAAGAUAAACUGUACAGCUGGAUCUAAUGCCUUUGUAGGAAGUGUCCAGGAGGAAUACCAAGGAGAUGUAGAGAUUCUCACUAAUAUCAGGCCUGACGAUCGUCCGGAGCUGGACACAUAUAUUUAUCCCAACGGCGUGACGUUUCUGGAGCUGAUUUAUACGGUCGGAGACUCAGCCGCGGUUGUACGGACCAGAAAACCACUGGACGCUGAAGAACUGAAGCAGUCAGGAGGGAAUCUGUAUUAUUCAGUCACCUGCUCAAACACAGAGGAGAGAAAUACCCGGACAUUAGAGGUUCUGGAUGUCAAUGACAACCCUCCGAUCUUCCAGAGUAAAUCAUACAGCGUCACAGUGUCCGAGAACACAGAGGUGGGAUCAGAUGUGCUCAAGGUGACGGCUGAAGAUAAAGAUGCCUCUUCAGAAAACAGCAGAAUUAUGUAUUCUAUACUUCCUCCAGUGCCAGAUGAGUUUGAAGUGAGAGCUGAUGGGAACAUCAGGAAGAAACGACAGCUGAACUACAACCGUGUUCAUCAGUACAUCUUCACUGUGGAAGCUAGAAAUGUAGGAGGAUACAGUGACACUGCAACAGUUACGAUAACUGUUGAAGAUUUCGACAACCUAAACCCUUAUUUUGAUCACAGUCUCUAUAAAGCAUCCAUUGAGGAGAAUCAGACAGGACCUUUGUCAGACGUCACUCCUGAGGCCAUGAAAGCUCAAGAUGGGGACACGGGCAUCAACGAGCCUGUAGUUUACAGCAUAACAGCAGUUCUUCCGAAUGAAUAUCAGAGCAUUUUUGAGAUUGAUGGAGACAGUGGGGUCAUCUCUGUGACAUCAGCACUAGACCGAGAGAAAUCUGACCAGAUUACUGUUUACAUACAGGCAGCUCAGCAGGAUGAUGCCAGUAAGAUGGCUAGCGCCAUGGUAUCAGUUACCAUUGAGGAUGUGAAUGACAACCCGCCGAAAUUUGACCAGGACGAGUACACCGUGUCUAUUCUGGAGAACUCACCAAAAGACCAGCUUGUGCUUCAGAUCAGAGUCACUGAUCCAGACCUGGGUGGGUUCUCUAAAGGUCACUUUGUCUUGGACAGUGAUACCUUCGUUAUCAACAGUCAAGGAGUAAUAUCACUUAUGAGCGAUGCCACCUUGGACACAGAAACUAGAGACAGUUACAACAUUGAGGUAAUAGCUGUAGACCAGCCUGAUGAUGGCUUAAUCUCCACAGCUAGGGUCAUCAUCACUGUUCUGGACGUCAAUGACAACCACCCACAAUUCCUUCCUCUCCCAGAACACAUUGAGAUUCAGGAAGGUGUGUACACGUCCUCAUCCCCUGGAGAAGUGUGCAUGAUAUCAGCCACAGACUCUGACUCUGGAGAAAACGGACGUGUGGCCAUCACGGUUUACUCACACAUCGAAGUAUUCAGCUUCAGAGCGGAUGGGACUCUGCUAGCUAUGGAUGAGCUGGAUCGGGAGACACAGAGCGUGUAUGAUGUGCUCAUUGUUGCCAUGGACAGUGCAAUACCACAGCUAAAUAACAUCACCACAGUGAGGGUCAGUAUCACAGACGUCAAUGACAACGCUCCAGUCUUCAGCUCGGACUGCUACAGCAGAAGUCUUCUGGUUAGAGACGCCAGGGUUGGAGAAGUGCUGCUGACAGUCUCUGCCACAGAUAAAGACACCGGACACAACGCCGUCAUUAGCUACAGUUUCUCUGAAGACUCUUCCAUGGUGGCGUUGGAUGCUGAAACAGGAGACAUCAUUUUGACCUCUGACCUUAGCGAGGUCACAGAAGAUACUCAGCUAACACUGACUGCUGUAGCGACAGAUCAUGGAGCACCAGUACAGUCUGAGGAAGCUGCGGUCUUGAUCUACUUUCAAAUAUCCUCUGUCAACGAGAGUGUGGCUUUUCAGAGGUCCUCCUACAACUUCAUAAUCAAGGAGAACGAGCCUGAGUCCUCGACAGUAGGCAGAGUCAAGGCAUUGACAGGGAGUCCACUGGUUACAGUCAGCUAUAACAUGAAGUCACACGAGGAUGUCUUCUCUGUGGAUGCUGAAGGAAGCAUAAAAGCUGUGAGAGCUCUGGACAGGGAGGAAGAGGAGUGGUACAUCCUCACAGUAGAGGCCAUAGACUCCAGAACUCCUCCAAACACAGCAGAGACAACGGUCAGAGUUCAGGUUGAGAACGUGAAUGAGGCUCCUGUGUUUGACGAAGAAAUAUAUAAAGCAGAAAUAUUCAGUAUCGCUCCAUACAAAUUCCCUGUAGUGAAGAUCCAGGCAUCAGACCCUGAUGUGGGCGAGAGCUCAGGAUUGCAGUAUUCUCUGCUGGACUUCACAUCUCUGCUGGAUGUGGAGGAAAGCACCGGUCAGAUCUACGUUCUGGAUGCAUCGAGUGUUACAGACGGUCUGUUCAACUUUCAGGCUAAAGCCACUGAUAAACAUGGGCUGUCCGUGACUACAUCAGUACAGAUCAGAGUAAAACAAAGUGUACAUCACUACAGCGUGACCAUCAUCUCCCUAAACCAGCCUGUCUACAUAGUGGAGAAGAAGAUCCCAGAGAUGGAGGAUUCCAUGGGAAAAGCUUUAGGCUGGACUGUGAAAAUCCUCAGUGUGAGAGCUGAGGAUGGGGUUGAGAUGCGCACCAUCUUCAGAGAAACUACAGCCAAGACUUACGUCAGCUUCUUCGCCAUGGACUCCAGUGGUGCUGUGAUCCCAGCCACGGAGGUCAAAGAGAAAGUGCACAGCGAGCACAAAGUGUUAACAUCGGAGCUGGUGAAUGUGUUUGGUCCUGGUCUGGAAAUCAAAGUGGAGGACAGUUCUGGAAGCUCUGGAGAUACCAGUCAAGCGGUCACCAUUGCUCUCGGUGUUCUGCUAGCAAUAACCUCUGUGGCACUCAUUGUUGCUCUUGUUAUAAUCAAAAGAAAGAAAAAUCUUAAUAGGAGCAACAGUAUUCGCCUCCGUACUAACUUUUAAAAAAACCCAGAACUGGAAAGGUUGUGAUAGAGAAUAGGAGAACAACAACAGCCUGAAACCACCAUGACUGACCGAAGCUUAUGUCUUUAUCAUAACACACAUUUAUAACCCUAAUCCUAAACGUAAGUGAGUGAGUGAAAGUGACAUACAGCCAAGUAUGGUGACGUAUAAUAAGCGUCAGAUUGUCAUAGCAAAGUCAGAAUUGACCCAUUUGUAUGUAGAAAUAGCCUGUACAGCCAGCCUUGUAGGGCACUCUCCUAGGUUUGCAGAACCGUUGUCCAUAAAAAGCGUUGCACAGAUUCGAACAUCUGGGUUGUGCUGUUCUGUUGUAAAUAAAUCUUAGCCAAUGAUUCCUCAUUGCAUCUACUUUGAGAAGGCCAAAUAAAGUGCUUUUGCUCUGACACAGAAACAUACAGCAUCUCCCAGACAUGACUGCAUCUAUACUUCUGUGAUUCCUGAAACCACGACUUCUUUCUUUGCGUGAACAUUUGGGAGGCAUUAUGCAAAUAUUCCCACAUCUGUGAUGAAGAGAUUUGGGGUGUGUUCGAAUGAGGCGUUUUAGUCCAGUCUGGAUCAGCCUUCUCUUUUAGAUGGAAUAAAUCUUUUUGUGGGAGACUUUGAGCUUUGUAAGUCUGCAGAUCUUAUACAUGUACAAAUAGAUACAUAACACACUAAAGAAAAGCAAAUAUAGAAAUAGCUUCAUAUGACCCCUUUAAAUGUAAAUAAAAUGUCAUUUGUAUAAAUAAAAUGUCUUAUUUUUCAAA